CAAUUUUUUUAAUCUCUGAACAGCAUCCAUAUGGUUCCACACAUGCAUGGUGUGUAUAUAAGUUGGCCAAGGAGUGGCAAGAGGACACCAGGCCACUCCACAACAUCUUCUCCCAGCGUUUGAGAGAGCUGAUAGGCUGUAGGCAUGGAGAUUGAGAGGGAAACUCCGGGCAACGAGAGAGCGAGGAGCUGGAGAGCUAAUGCAGCGCAGGAAGACUCUAAGAAGCUCGAAGACAGUGACCACCUGAUCAAGGAGCCUGCAUGGAAAAGGUUCCUGGCUCAUAUUGGACCAGGGUUUAUGGUGUCAUUAGCAUACUUGGAUCCUGGGAACUUGGAAACGGAUCUUCAAGCUGGAGCAAAUCACAGAUAUGAGCUCCUUUGGGUGAUUCUCAUUGGUCUCAUCUUCGCACUGAUCAUACAGUCACUAGCAGCUAAUCUUGGAGUUGUGACAGGGAGGCAUCUUGCUGAGAUAUGCAAGAGUGAGUAUCCAAAGUUUGUGAAGAUCUGUUUAUGGAUCCUUGCAGAGGUGGCCGUGAUUGCUGCAGAUAUCCCAGAAGUUAUAGGGACAGCCUUCGCUUUCAACCUUUUGUUUCACAUCCCCGUGUGGAUUGGGGUUCUCAUCACCGGCUCCAGCACUCUCCUGCUUCUGGGCCUACAAAGAUAUGGGGUCCGGAAGUUGGAGUUUCUGAUCUCAAUGCUUGUGUUCGUCAUGGCGGCGUGCUUCUUCGGGGAGAUGAGCUUUGUGAAGCCUCCGGCCGUGGAGGUCAUCAAAGGGCUCUUCAUUCCCAGGCUCAAGGGCCCUGGCGCCACUGGAGACGCCAUUGCCCUCCUUGGAGCUCUUAUCAUGCCGCACAACCUGUUCUUGCACUCUGCACUGGUGCUGUCGAGGAAGACUCCCUCAUCGGUGAGAGGAAUCAAGGACGCCUGCAGGUUCUUCCUCUACGAGAGCGGGUUCGCGUUGUUCGUGGCACUCCUGAUCAACAUCGCCGUCAUCUCCGUCUCCGGGACCGUCUGCUUCGCCGACAACCUCUCACCGGAGGAUGCCGAAAAAUGCAGCGACCUCUCACUCGACUCCUCCUCCUUUCUCCUCAAGAACGUGCUGGGCAGGUCGAGUGCGAUCGUGUACGGCGUGGCGCUCUUGGCGUCUGGGCAGAGCUCCACCAUAACAGGCACUUACUCCGGCCAGUACAUCAUGCAGGGAUUUCUUGACAUCAGGAUGAAGAAAUGGCUGAGGAACCUGAUGACCCGCUGCAUCGCCAUUGCGCCGAGCCUAGUCGUGUCCAUCAUCGGCGGCUCCAGUGGCGCUGGCCGUCUCAUCAUCAUUGCCUCGAUGAUACUGUCCUUUGAGCUGCCGUUUGCCCUCAUUCCACUUCUCAAGUUCAGCAGCAGCAGCAGCAAGAUGGGACCCCACAAGAACUCCAUCUACAUCAUCGUGUUCUCGUGGUUGCUGGGGCUGAUGAUCAUCGGCAUCAACAUGUACUUCCUGAGCACGAGCUUCGUAGGGUGGCUCAUCCACAACUCGCUGCCCAAGUACGCCAACGUCCUCGUGGGCCUCGUCGUCUUCCCCCUCAUGCUCAUCUACAUCUUGGCGGUCAUCUACCUCACCUUCAGGAAGGACACCGUCGUCACCUUCGUCGCCGACUCCGCCCAAGCUGACGCCGAGAAGGCCAAGGCGGCCGGCGAGGAGGAAGACCAGCCCGUGCCGUUCCGGCAGGACCUGGCCGACAUCCCUCUCCCGGAGUAGAAAGGCUAUAGAGUCUACAUCUAGUAGUAUGUACAUGUAUGUACUGUUAUACAAAUGUAAAUGAUCAGUGGAGCGAGUGGUAAUUUUACAAUCUUGGUUCCAACCUUUUUUUCUCAAAAGUUGCAGUCACGAUGGAGUCCAAAA